AUGCAUUUUUCUCCUACCGUUCUACGGAAAAGCCACCAAGUAUGUUGAAACCGAACCCAACUCGGGUUCGGGCUAUAUACGCCCGGCGCACGAUAGCACUUGGCCCCGUUUGUUCUGGGUCAUUCCUCCAGCUCUAUAUCAUUCACCGUUGCCCAUUCACGACGAAGCCGGAUCAUUACUUUCGCUUCCGUUGUGGCGUUUUUUUCCAGAUCAAUAACCGUUUCGCUUUGUGCUCUUCGCAUCUAUGCCCUUUUCGGUAUUCUUCGUCAGAUUUGAUUCGAUCUGCUAGGGUUUUCAGCAUACCCAAUAUAUUGUGCACGGACCAAGAAACUUUGGAAAAUUCGGUGUCAUUAAUAAUUCAUUUGUUCUGUGGAGGAGGAGGAGAAAAAGUAGAGACAAAGAGAAGGUUAUGAAAUGUUCAAAUUCUCCAUCAAUUCGAAGGACUUCUUAUUGUUGUUGGUUGUGAGUUAUUGAGAAUUUGAUUGGCUGACCCAGAACAGCUAUGCACGGAUAUGAAAGAGAUGUAUAUGAGGAGUAUGAAGAUUUGGAUGAAUAUGAGGAGGAAGGUGAAGAGGAUGAGGGUGGUGAAGAGGAAUAUGAGGAGGAAGAAACCCAGCAGCCUCCAGAAGAGUUGUUGGAGUACCUGGAGCUGAGACAACGACUGAAAGAAGAUAUCAGGAAGCAGAGGAAGAAAGAAUUAGGUUCUGCUAACGGCCUUUCCCGUGGAAUUAAAAAGGCAUUUCCAAUGGACAAUUAUGGUUCCUUCUUUGGACCUUCACAGCCUGUAAUUGCUCAAAGAGUAAUCCAAGAAAGCAAAUCGCUAUUGGAGAAUCCAAAUUUGGCAGCAAAAGUCAUGAAAUCAAACCACAGUAACAAUAAGAGCUCUGCAUCAAAACACACAGGAUCAAAAUCUGGUACCAGCAACAAUGCACCAAAAAUCAAUAAUGGGUUAAAAACAAAGGCUCAGAUGUUAAAAAGUACAAGAGAUUACUCAUUUCUAUUAUCUGAUGAUGCCGAACUUCCUGUUACAUCAAAAUGUUCUCUACCUCAUAAAGCCUCUGCUGCUAAUUCUGCUGCACGAGUAGCUUUACCACCAAGCACCAAGCAAUCUUCAAGCAAUACUGGGAGGAAGUUGCUAGAUGAUCGUGAAGUACGGAAACCUAUACCGGGAAACAGUCAAAUGCAAUCGAAACUGUUGACUCAGAAAUCAGUUUCUGUUGGUAAACAAACUCAACUAGCAUUAGAUUCCAGGAAACAACUGGGUAGCAGUAAAGGGAGUGGGCCUGGCCGGCCUUUGGGGGUGCCUCCCAAAAUCUUAACUGGUCCAAACGGCAAGAGGGUUUUGACACCAGGUGUAAAGACCACUGUGCCUGCUUUGCAUAAGCCAACCUCUUCAAAGUUGCAACCUUCUAUUCCAAGGCAAUCCUUGGUACAGAAAAAGGAAAUACUACAAUCUGGAAAAUCAAAGGUGAUGCCAAAACAAGCUGAGCCUUCAUACAAACAUAAGCCGAUUAUGCAGAAACAGGCAGUGCCGUCAUCUAAUUCUCAGAUAAAGCAACUGCCUCCUAAAAAUGCAACUCGUUCUUUGGAAGAUAGGCGCCCUGCAAGAAAACCGAUGAGACAUGAUGAAGAAGAUGAUGGAGCAGAAGCUAUUAGUAUGAUUAGGAGGAUGUUUGGGUAUAAUCCCAACAGGUAUCAAGAUGAGGAUGAUACUAGUGAUAUGGAGGCUAAUUUUGAUGACAUACUGAGGGAAGAAAAACGAAGUGCGAAAAUAGCAAAGAAGGAGGACGAAGAAGAACUCCGGAAGAUAGAAGAAGAAGAAAGGAGGGAGCGGUUUAGAAAACAGUCAAAGAAGCGCAAGUUGAGCCAUCAAUGAAGGGAAAUAUGUCUUCCCUUUUGAUAGAUAGAGCUAUAGAGGUUUUCACAUUUUCCUGGCUAGCACCAAGUAAAAGGGGGGCUGUGGGGAGUUUGUACAGGAAUAUCUGAGUCUCCGCUUAAUUUACCAGUUGAUUUGUAUCUAUUGAGCGUUGUGGCUCAUUUCCCAAGCAGUUGUAACAGAAAUUUUUAAAGCAUUCUGCAGCUGCAAUAAUUUAAUGCCCCCUGUUUGCCAAGCCAAUUGUGAGAAAAUUCUCAGGUACUUGAGCACCUGUUGAGUUAUUUGCUACUUUAUUUUCUGUCA